CAGCCAAUGGGAGCGCGUGUUUCGGAAAGAUCUCCAUAUAUGGCGAUGUUCUCGGCCGGGGGGGCGGGGCCUCCGCCCCCUGGGUAUAAAAGCGCGGGGCUGGCAGCCGGGCGGUCUCACUCGGCCGGCGGCAGCGGACCAGGCGGCACCGCGCUCCCCAGCUCCGCCAGCAGCAUCCCACAGCCCCCGCCAUGGAAGAGGAGAUCGCCGCGCUCGUCAUCGACAACGGCUCCGGCAUGUGCAAGGCCGGCUUCGCCGGGGACGACGCCCCCCGCGCCGUGUUCCCGUCCAUCGUCGGCCGCCCCCGGCACCAGGGCGUGAUGGUGGGCAUGGGGCAGAAGGACAGCUACGUGGGCGACGAGGCGCAGAGCAAGCGCGGCAUCCUGACCCUCAAGUACCCCAUCGAGCACGGCAUCGUCACCAACUGGGACGACAUGGAGAAGAUCUGGCACCACACCUUCUACAACGAGCUGCGCGUGGCCCCCGAGGAGCACCCGGUGCUGCUCACCGAGGCGCCCCUCAACCCCAAGGCCAACCGCGAGAAGAUGACGCAGAUCAUGUUUGAGACCUUCAACACCCCGGCCAUGUACGUGGCCAUCCAGGCCGUGCUGUCGCUGUACGCCUCCGGCCGUACCACCGGUAUUGUUAUGGACUCCGGGGACGGUGUCACCCACACCGUGCCCAUCUACGAGGGCUACGCUCUGCCCCACGCCAUCCUGCGCCUGGACUUGGCUGGCCGCGACCUGACAGACUACCUCAUGAAGAUCCUGACAGAGAGAGGCUACAGCUUCACCACCACGGCUGAGAGGGAAAUCGUCCGUGACAUCAAGGAGAAGCUGUGCUACGUCGCCCUGGACUUCGAGCAGGAGAUGGCCACCGCUGCCUCUUCCUCCUCCCUGGAGAAGAGCUACGAGCUGCCUGACGGGCAGGUGAUCACCAUCGGCAACGAGCGGUUCAGGUGUCCAGAAGCCCUCUUCCAGCCAUCCUUCCUGGGCAUGGAGUCGUGCGGCAUCCACGAGACCACCUUCAACUCCAUCAUGAAGUGUGACGUGGAUAUCAGGAAGGACCUGUACGCCAACACGGUGCUGUCCGGCGGCACCACCAUGUACCCCGGCAUCGCCGACAGGAUGCAGAAGGAGAUCACAGCCCUGGCGCCCAGCACGAUGAAGAUCAAGAUCAUCGCCCCGCCGGAGCGCAAGUACUCGGUCUGGAUCGGCGGCUCCAUCCUGGCCUCGCUAUCGACCUUCCAGCAGAUGUGGAUCAGCAAGCAGGAAUACGACGAGUCCGGCCCAUCCAUUGUCCACCGUAAAUGCUUCUAAAUGGACUGCUAGCAGGUGCGCCGCAUCUGCUGCAUGAGUCGUCUCACUAGUAUAUGUUUGCCCAGGCAAAUCUAUACACCUCAUGCUAGCCUCAUAAAACUGGAAUAAGCCUUCUUUCAAAAGAAACUUGCCCUUGGAAAGUCUGUACCUGAUGUUAGACCAGUGUCGGCACUGGCUGGCCGAGCUGCCACUUGAUUUGACCUUGUAGCCAAGUUCUCUGUUCCCUCGGUGUCCACCUUAGCGAAAUAAUACCCUGUACAGAUCUGCUCGAGCCUGGGGCCGGGCGCCGCGCUCGCGUGACAGCGGGGCUGCGACGGACGCCUCGGAGGGAGCCUCGCGCGGCUCCCGCGAUACUGACAGCGGCACCGCGGGCGGACAGAUGUGUACAGGGUAUUCGGAGCCAGGCUUCCGGUCCACCCAGUGCGGAGUAUUCCAGAUUUCGUGUAGAGGCUGGUAGGAGUCCAUCCAAGAAUUCACUUCUGUUGCUGCCGUUCUAGCAAGGUUGGGAAACAUAUCGCAUCCGAGCCUUACGAACCAGUCCGCAUCCUCCUCCUCCUCCCCCCUGUCUCCCAGUAACCAUCACGGGGCUGAAGUUACUCAACUUUGAGUUGCUGAAACUUUGCAUUUACACCUGUAAAUUUAUGCAUUGUUUAAUUUAUGUAAGAUUUUUUGUACGUUGCCUUAAUGUUCUCUCUCACGUGACAGUAGGAAACCAAAAUUUGUAAGUCAUCCGAAAGUUGAGAAAUUGUAACGCCCGACGACACGUCAUUGUGUAAGGAAAAUAAACA